AUGAUAAAUAAAUUAGAAAUAUUACCAAAUGAAAUCAUUCUAAAUAUAUUUUUAUAUUUUUCAUGGGAUGAAGUCUUAAUAUCGUUUUGGUCAUUAAAUAAACGUAUUAAUAAUCUUAUUUGUUCAAUAUUUGAAAUAAAUAAAUAUGGAAUUAUUUUCAAUAGACCAGGUUUAUCUUAUAAAAAGUUUUCUAAACUAUUAUUACCAUUAAUAUUUAAUUCAUUAUCUCUUUCUUCUUCUAUUAAAUAUAUUCAUUUUGAUGGGCUAAAUUCAAUUUGUUUUAAUUUAAUUUAUCAAGAUAUUUUUUCUUAUAAUGAUAAAUCAAUUCUUCGUUUUCCUAAUCUUAAAUCACUUUAUAUAACUCAAUGUUUAUUAUCUGAAUCAUUAAUUCAAACAUUAUCUUUUCUUAUUCAAUAUCAGUUAAAUCAACUUACAUUAACAUUUCAUCAAGAUAUCUAUGAAACAUUUAGUAAUGAACGCGAACUUUCAUCAAAUCGUUCUAAUCAUGGUAAUUAA